CUCAACCCACAGUACAGUAGAAGGAAAGAUCGAGAGAGGAGAGACCAGAGAGAUAAUGCUUGCAACCUCCUGGUCUCCAUUAAAAUACAAGCAGACCCUGGGCACUUAAUACAGCACCUAAACAGCAAAAACAAAAGCACACUGAGUGAAACAUGGUCAAACGCGGUUUCCCAAAUGGGAAUAAGAAGGAUCUCCACACAAGGCUAUGUGUCCAUCAGACCUUCCUCCAUCAUUAAAAUUCUGUAAUUACACACCUGCUGCCAUCAAGACCACCACCUGCCUUCUCCAGAUGCCCCAGGAAACAUGGGUAGUGUCAGCAGUUUGAUAUCGGGCCAUAGCCUCCACGGCAAACACUGCAAAUCUUCUGAAAACAAAGUCAAAAAGGGGCUUCAGUCUAAGAAAACAGGCCGUAGCUUGGAUGGCUUUCUGAAGUAUGGCUUCUCUCAGGACCAUUGCAGCACCAACAACAACUCAAAAGUCAGCUAUCAUUCAGGCAAAAAUGAUGACUUCUUUUACAUCAAGGUCAGCAACAAGCCCCGAACUGCUAACAUUAAUACAACUGAAGACAGUCAAGGAAGAACAACUGAGAUGGACAAUGAGGUGGACAGGAGAGGAGGGCCACCAGAAUUAGUUCCACUGUCUGGAGAACUAGAAAAGAGUAUAGAGAAUAUUUUAAUUCGACCCACCGCAUUCAAACCAGUUCCUCCUCGAAGCAGCAGUUCCUCUGUGGAGACUCAUAACAACUUGAGCACUAUCCUGGGCAAGAUAAUUAGUCCUAUAGACAGGCAAAAAGAUCUUCAGGACCCAAAGUUGGAGACAAAUUCUGGUACCUUCUCUGACUCUGGAAGGAACUCUAUGUCCAGCCUGCCUACUCACAGCACCAGUGGCAGCAGCCAGAUGGACAACCUAAGCACUUCAACUAACCACAUGGCACGCUAUGGAGGCCUUGCCAAAAACAUUGACACAUCUCAGAACGCACAGGGGGGUGUAGCAAGGAUGAAUGGAAACUCUGGAUCCAGUUGGAUGUGUAGCGUUGCUAACGGUGGAAACAGUUGGGCCAAUGGAUUUGGUGAAACAAACAGAAACAGCGAGUCGACGAAUGGCAAUACAAGAUCCAUUGGUGUCCUAAGCGAAAAUGUAGCAGCAGCAAUAAGUAUGUACAGAGAAAUAACUGCUGCAGCACUUACCGUUUCAUCCACUGAGCCUAAGAUGGAUUUCUCUGGAAACCAAGAACUGCUUCUGGAACAUAGAUUUACAAUUUCAGAGCAAAGCCCGACAAAACCAUCAUCUUCCGGGGGGGGUGUCCGAUCACCAAUUUCAAUGGAUGAAUCACUGAUACAGCAGCUGGAGCAGAAACUUCUAGAACGUGAAACCGAGCUGGAGGAGUUACAAACGAGCCUUGAUGAAAAGGAGUCAGACACAUGUCAUCUAUUUGAGGAGAAGCAACGCUACUGUGCUGAGGAGAUGGAGGGGUUGAAACAACGCUGUUCUACAAAACUCCGACAAGUGUCUCAGAGGGCUUUGAAAGCCCAACAGUUAUUGCAGCUUCAGGUGAUACAACUUCAACAGGAUAAGGAACGUCUGCAGGAGGAGGUGAACCAGCUUAAUCGUGACCGGGAUACUGCAGAAAGCCGUUUCCGAAUCUAUGAGAGCCAGAAAAACCUAGUACCCACUCUAGAAGAGACACAGUGGGAGGUGUGCCAGAAGUCAGGUGAGAUUUCUCUGCUAAAGCAGCAACUUAGGGACUCCCAGGCCGAUGUUGGAAACAAACUCAGUGAAAUUGUCAGUCUCAAAGCCUCUCUGAAGGAGUCCAGAUGCAAGCUGGAAGAACUGGAGAAGAAGAUCAAAGACUACGAGGAAGCACUUCACCAGCGAAGCGCUGAGGUUGAGGUAUCUAAAAAUGAGUUUCAAAGAAAGAAGAAUGAAGCUGACCUCCUUAGGGAGAAGGUGAACCUUCUGGAAACGGACAUCAAGGGCAUGAAGCAGGACUUAGCAAUGGCCAAAGAGGAGCAACAGCAGCUAAUGACCAUGAGAGCCAAAGUUGAGGAGCAACAGCUGCAACUGCAGAUAAGCCAAGCCCGGAUGGAGGCCUUUGGGACAGGUCAAGCCAAAUCGAAAGCCCAGGAUGGAACAAGUGCCUGCAAAACAUUGAAUCAUAAUGGAGGGACUGCAGACUUGGAUGCCCUACAGAAAGAGGUAGAGAGGGUGAGAGGGGAACUGAAGGAAGAGAAGCAAAAGAAACAUAAGAUGAUGAAUAGCUUCCAGCAGGAGAGACAAACAUGGAAUAAAGAGAAAGACAAAGUAAUCAGAUACCAAAAGCAGUUGCAGUACAAUUACCUACAGAUGUACAGAAAGAACAAGGACCUGGAGAAGAUUCUGAGGGAGCUAACGGCUGAAAUGGACAGUCGGUCAGAGAUGGACAUGGAUAGCCAUACCUUUGACCUGAACUUUGAAAAGAUUUUAGCCACAGAGAUAUGAGGUCAGAGGAUGAAUGAUUUCACAAUUAACCGAAUGGUCUUAAAAGGGUGAAUGUACUAGUGGGCGGAAUUCACAAAGCAAAAUUUAAAGGGAGGAAACAUGAUGUCACAAGAGAUUUCAAGAUGUCAGGAGUUGUUCGAACCUCAAGAUAGCAUCACUUGUACAUACCACCAAAAUAUUUUCUCCUUAUAGAUCUACCAUUUAACUUAAACUCUUAGAAUGUAAUCCAUGUGCAUUUCUGAAUAGGUUCCUAUUAAAGGUGCAGUAAGCAAUUUUGUUUAUCAGAAUUACAUUCUUACUUGAGAUAUCUCACUGAAUUAGUGUUCCAUCAGUAACCAUCACAUCUGUCUCUGUGGCAGCCGUGAAUUCUGUAAACUCCAAAUAAUUGACCACAGUCAGACUCUUUGUUUAGCCAUGUAAGCAUUUUCUGCCUGUCAGUCAUUUUGUGCAUUCAUAGGGCAGUCAGUGAAAAGGAAGCAGGUGUCUUGGGGUGUGGCAGUUAAGACCUGAAUAAUUUUAUUUAACUUAAAUAAUUCCAUAUUAAGUUUCAUAAGCAGUUGACAGUUGUUGGUUCAUCAUGCAAGGAUACUAUUUUGUUAGCAUUUAGCUUGGCAACAAUGAGAUGUGCUACUGUUUUCCUGCUAAUCUCUUAUAACAAUGUUAAGGGUUAUGGAAAGUGUGUGCAAGUCUAAUUUAGUGAAUAUUUUUGCAGAAUGGCUAACAUUGCUUACAGCACCUUUAAUCUGUGAACAUCCAACCGAAUGUGACCUUGGAGCACAAAACCAGCCUUGAAUUGAUUGGGUAUUUUAGAAAUGGCAAAAAAAGACAAAAAAACAA